ACAGUUGUCAGUUGCUUUUGACAGCUAAAGGUCUCUUCGAGUAAAUUCUACAUGAAAUAGUUGGUCGUAAACUCUUUAUUAUUUAUAAUCGUCAAUGAACAAUAUUCCACAAGUUAUCUUUCUCUGUUAAUAGCCACAUAACCGUAAAAUGAAUACAUUCAAUAAGUAAUCAAUUAGUGGGACAAUGAUACAUUGUUUAUCAAUGCAGAAAAAAGGAAUUAAGUCGAUCGUCAACCACAAAAAAUAGUGCAAUUUUUCCGUAGAAUUAGAAUUUCGCUCGAUGAUAUCGAAAUCGAAUCAAUCCAAGUCUUUUGUUCCGAUGGAUUAGUAGUUUAUAGCACCGCAACACAAUGGAUUUGAAUGAAUUAUUUAACGAUCUUGAAUCAACGAAUUCCAUGCAAGUGGAACAAUCGAAGAAGAUCUUGAGCGAGAACUUUAUUAACGUUAAGGAAAACUGGCUAGUCUACGGCAUGAUGGAAUAUUUCAACCAAACAAAUUCAUCAAGGGCUGUUGACGUGCUAGUCAAAGUUAGAGAUCCGCAUGAUACUCACAUUUUCGAUAAAUUACUUGACUGGGUUAAUGGUCCGAACAAAAAUCAGGCUAUCACACUAUUUGGUUUCAUUGUGGAAAAACAUCCGUCAUGGUUGCACAAAGUGGCCAAUCACCAACUUCUAAAGGAUGUUUUGAAGCUGUUGAAGACGGAACAAAACAUAAUUACGAUAAUGAGCGCAUUAUUUUGCAUCAUAACGCUACUUCCCAUCAUACCAACGUCUAUGCCACAAUAUCUUCAAGAUCUGUUCGACAUAUUCUCUUACCUUGCGUCGUGGAAUUGCACCAAUGAGCCCCGGCUCACCGACGAUCAACAAAUCCAUCUACAAAUCGGAUUGUCGACAUUCUUUCAACGCCUCUAUGGCAUGUAUCCGUGCAAUUUUCUCGCAUUUCUCACCAAGUCGCAAACGGACCGUCACCGUGUCUACUGUCACACCAUCAAGCCCCUGCUUGACACUGUCAAGAUCCAUCCAUUGCUACUCACGCACACAGUGCAAACGGAAAAGAGUACUUCGCGAUGGAAAGAAAUGGAACCGCAUGACAUUGUGGUCGAAUGUUCGAAGCUGUGUCUCGAGAAUGCCAAUAGGUUUCACCAUAAGUCCGACUACUUUUCACCGAUAGCUCAUAGAAAUCCGGAAUACACCAGCUACAGCAAUAACAAAACUUCCUUUUCCAUUGAAUUGCAACAAUCAUUGCGAAACACUCCGUCAUCGAUGGCGUCUCCAUUCUACUCAUUAUUCAACGAACCAAAGGAUAGAUUGAAAGAAGCUCAACGAAUCGAUAGUCUAUGGAGUCCGAGUAUUGCAGUUUUGGCUACACCACCUCCAACCGGUAAUAUACCGCACACACCAACACCGACACCAAAUAUUCCCAACUAUGGCAUACCAACAUUGCCCGGCUCUCAUUUAUGUGCCAGCGGUGCGUCGCCACCGGAAGCAGCCAUUGAAGCAACACCGGAAACAACUCCAAUGAAAGAUAAUAUGAAACCAUUGCGUCAAUUUCCAAUGGGUUCAGCUGCAGCUCGUGCAAUUCUGGGUUCAACCCAAGGUUCGACGUCACAACCAUCAUCACCAAUUAUGAAGAAGGAACCGUCGCCAUUUCGGUUUCCUGAUUUCAGUACAUCACAAUCCCUACAGUCUGAAGGCAAUCAAUCAAAAAAAUUGCUGUCGUUGGUCCAAGACCGAAAAUUGUGUCAAAUGCAAAUACUGGAAAAACUGAACCAGCAUCAAGACGGCAGCAACAUCAGGGACGUUGAAACCAUUCAGAUUGAGAAUUCAAUUGAUGAACGAAAUAAAAACGAAGUUUCGCUGGAGGACGAGGAAGUAAAGGAAAUUAACAGUCAAACAUUGAAAGCUUUUCACGGCGCUGGUUCAAUUGAGAUGGAUCUGAAAAAUUCCAAUUCCAUACAAUUGCGCCAACCGUAUCCGGACGAAACCACAACGAUCGAAUGUUCAAAGUCAUGGCCGUGUGACUCAAAUCGGAUGAUUGAUUGUUUGAAAAAUAUCUCGGAGAAUGGUAAUUCCAAUCUCGGUGGUAUCGACAACACUUCAAACAUUAAUUUGCAAAAGAAGCGAGAAGCCCUCAAAUCUAGAACAUUGCGCCUGAAGCCAACGGACAUCGAUGAUGCCUGUGAACGAACAACUGUCGGUACACAGACAGUGGAACAACUACCUCCAACGUAUGAAAAAUUGCUGGUAUGUGCGAACGAACCAGCCGCUCCAUCGAAAACAACCAAUUCACUAGUGGGAAGUACUCCAAUGUCACCGCAUACAUUGCUUGAUCAAUACAUCGAAACAUCCAUCAAAAAGAAACAUUCGAAGGACAAUAACAAUCAAACCGAACAUUAUCGAGAUCAAAUCCAGUUGCUGAACAUUCAGUUGCGAUAUGAGCAGUACCGACGCGAAGUGCAUGCUGAACGGAAUCGUCGAAUGUUGGGCAAGAGUCGUCUGAAUGCCGUCUUGGAAAUGGAAAAUGAGAAGCUAAAGGAAGAAAAGGAGAAACUGGUACGAGCUGUUGACGAUCUCACCAACGAUUUGAACAAAUCACGAAUCAUGCAAACACGUCGCGAUCAGGACUAUAGCCAAGAAGUCAAUACACUGAAGCGUGAUAUUCAACAAGAGCGGGAUGAGAAGAAGCAGCUCCUACUGCAAAUUGAAAAUUUACAACGACGAUUGGGCGACGAAAAGAACGAGAAAAAGGAUAUAUCGCAGGAUUUGGAAGCAGCUAGAGCCGAGCUAUUUGAUUUGAGAAAUGAAUUACAGCAAACACAAUAUCAGGCCGAUUUGGGACUACAGUACAAAGACGAAUUCAAUCGCUUGCAAUCGGAAAUCGUUCUGAUGGGAGAAAUUCAUGUCAAAUGUAGAGAUAAGCUUAGCGAACUGAAUGAUUUGCGAGGACGCGACGUAGAACAGGAUGCCUUAACUUUAGCAUAUGAAAAUGAGAUUAGAGAAAUGCGUACUGCUCUGGAUAUCAAAUCGUCCCAGUUGGACACCGCCAAGGCACGUUUAGCUGAAUUGGAAUUGGAUGGAUCACGUCGAGACUCGAAAUUUACCGACCAAAAACGACUUCUGAAGACUGUAAAAGAAGAAUAUCAAGAGAAAUUUCUGGCACUCGAGUCAAAGUACGAUGCACAGAAGGCAAUCAUUUUGCGACUUGAAGAAGAAAUUUUAGAUUUAUACAAAAAUCAAACGGCUGUGAAUCUAGUUACUCUGUCACCGGACUCUGAAAAAACAGAUAUGGCCGGUUCGCUUGACCACACCUCGCCAUUAUCAAUUUCAUUAGCUUCUAGUGAGGGUUUGUCGGCAAGUUUGCGAUCCGUCACAGAAAUAAAAAAUCUGCAUCCGCUUGUGGUACAGCAAGAUUUAACAGCAUUUAAUAAGCCAUCCACGUCAACACCUUCGUCUGCUGCUGCAGCUGCAAGUGGAGCAACACGUCAGACCGUUUCCGAAGAUAUACCCGUACCGAACCAACAGCAACACUUUAAAAAUUCACAUCUUCAUCGUCAUCAAUAGAUUUCAAUAGAAAUAUUUGAUUCAUAUUUUGCAUACGCCUAGUAGGAACCGUGAGACUCAUGCGCAUUCUUACUGAUUCUGUCCCAUAUCUAAUAUGUUUCUGGAACUAGUUCAAAUGCAUCGGUCAUAAUAACAACGAAAAAAAAAACAGAGGAAACGCACAAAUUGAGACCGUUGUUUCGUUUAAUUCAAAAGAAACAUUUUUCAUUUGA